CGUCCCCCACCCUCCUCCCUCAACCCUCAUGAGCUUCAGCACCUCGACCCUCUUCUACGGCAUCACCGUCACCGUCACCAGCCUGUGCUUCACGGCUGCCGCCUACGCCGACGUCAAGUCUGCGGUGCGCGCCAUCGACCUCAUCUGCUCGAGGCGGGACCAGGUCCGACUCGAGACGAGCUCGUCGACGGGCGCGAGGGACGUCCGCGAGGUGCCGAGCGAGGUGUGGGACCUUGUCAAGACGUUCCUGUCGGACGAGGCGAGGGCCGCCCGCGUCGACGCGUUCGUGCGUCAGCACCUCGACCCGAACUGCAUGUGCGGGUGGUGCCAGGACCGGGCGGCGGUGUACAGGUACGCGGUGCACCAGGGCCUGCCGUCCGACAGACCGCGUCGCUUCACGUUGGACGACUUGGUCGAGUGCGUGGUGUACGAGGCGGAGCCCGUCCGCACGUCUGCGCUUCUCGAGGAGUCCAGGGCCGUCAUCGACAUCUUCCUUGCCGAUUACGGCCUCUGCAACCCGCACACCGAGCCGAUCGUGACCGCCCGCGACGACUCGUGCGCCAUCGCCCUGCCGCUCGCGCCUCGUCCGACCACGUCGACGCCGCACGUCCGCGUCGACCACGACCUCGACAACCCAGACUGGCCCAGCUCGUCAAGCGUCCUCGAAAUCUCGCCGUCCAUCUUUGCGCUCCCGGCCGACGCGCCCGUCCGCUUCCGCCGUCUCCUCAAGACUUAUCCGACCCUCGAGCCGACCACGACGACGUCCGGCUCGAUCUACUCCGCGUCCGACCACUCGAACCCGACGACCUCGUCGAGCACGUCUGGUGUUGGCCGGGCUUUCAGGCCCCACAAGCGCGCGCUGGCGAGAGAGAAGGCGGCGAGGGAGCCAAAGUGGCUGCUGCUGGGGCAGAUCACGACCUGAGCGCGGUAGAACCCUCCCUUGCGAGCGUCUGCAAUGAGUCGUAUUCGUCGCG